GAUCGCUGCUGCUCGGCGGCGUCGUCGUCGGCGUCGCAGCGCUCGCACUCCUCUCUCUCCCCCACACCGUCCCUCACCAUGCAGCGCGCCACCACUCUCGCGCGCGCCAAGGCCGUCUCGGCCGCACGGCUGCCCGCGGCCGCCUCGGCCGUGCCCGCCGCCGCACGCGGCCUGGCCACCGUCACCGACGCGCCCAAGCGCAGCCACGGCGGCCUGCGCGACCAGGACCGCAUCUUCCAGAAUGCCUACCUGCGCCACGACCAUCUGCUGGCCGGUGCAAAGAAGCGCGGCGACUGGCACAAGACCAAGGAGCUCGUGCUCAAGGGGCACGACUGGAUCAUCUCCGAGAUGAAGAAGUCGGGCAUGCGCGGGCGCGGCGGCGCCGGCUUCCCCUCGGGCCUCAAGUGGAGCUUCAUGCUGAAGCCCGGCUGGGAAAAGGACCCGCGCCCGCGCUACCUCGUCAUCAACGCCGACGAGGGCGAGCCGGGCACGUGCAAGGACAGAGAGAUUAUGCGCGGCGAUCCCCACAAGCUCAUCGAGGGAUGCCUGCUCGCCGGCCGCGCCAUGGGCGCAAACGCCGCUUACAUCUACAUCCGCGGCGAGUUCUACCUCGAGGCUGCGCACGUGCAGCAGGCCGUGCACGAGGCGUACAAGGCGGGCCUGAUCGGCAAGAACGCGUGCGGCUCGGGCUACGACUUUGACGUCUACGUGCACAAGGGCGCGGGCGCCUACAUCUGUGGCGAGGAGACUGCGCUCAUCGAGUCGCUCGAGGGCAAGCAGGGCAAGCCGCGGCUGAAGCCGCCGUUCCCCGCCGACGUCGGCGUCUUUGGCUGUCCCACCACCGUCGCCAACGUCGAGACGGUCGCCGCGGCGCCGACGAUUCUGCGCCGCGGCGCAGAGUGGUUUGCCGGCUUUGGGCGCGACAAGAACCAGGGCACCAAGCUGUUUGCCAUCUCCGGACACGUCAACAACCCCUGCGUCGUCGAGGAGGAGAUGGGCAUUCCGCUGCGCGAGCUCAUCGAGCGCCACUGCGGCGGCGUGCGUGGCGGCUGGGACAAUCUGCUGGGCAUCGUGCCCGGCGGCUCGUCGGUGCCCAUCCUGCCCAAGGACAAGGCCGACGGCGCGCUGAUGGACUUUGACGGCCUCAAGGACGCCGGCUCGAGUCUGGGCACGGGCGCCGUCAUCGUCAUGGACAAGUCGACGGACGUGAUUGCGGCCAUCUCGCGCUUCAGCAAGUUCUACAAGCACGAGUCGUGCGGCCAGUGCACGCCGUGCCGCGAGGGCACGACGUGGAUUGCAGAGAUGAUGAGCCGCAUGGAGAAGGGCCGUGCCGACAUGCGCGAGAUUGACCAGAUCUGGGAGCUGACGCGCGCCAUGGAGGGCCACACGAUCUGUGCGCUGGCCGAUGCGGCCGCGUGGCCCGUGCAGGGCCUGCUGCGCCACUUCCGCCCCACCAUCGAGGCGCGCAUUGCCGAGUACCAGGCGCAGCACGGCAAGGUCCUCUACGGCGGCCACCUGGCAAACGCCUACCCGCAGGACCUCGCCAUGCCCGAGAUUGCCAGCCCCGAGCCGGCGCGCAGCCUGCCCAACCCGCUGGCGCAGCAGUAGAGCGUUGUAUGCCCAGUCAAGCAUGAGCUGCGCACCGCCCCCUCUUUCUCUCUUCGCUGUCUUCCCCCGCCUGUUCCUACUUUUUGCCUCGGAUCCAAGAAAGACACCACUUGCCUC